AACCCCAUUUCACUCUCUCUCUCUCUCUCUCUCUCUCACACUGACAUUCUCGCCGGAGAGAAAUAUCUCUCUCUCUAAAAUCUUGGGUGCUUAACUUACAAGCAUAGAAUUCGAAAAAGGUGGGAUCUUUGAAAUACCCGUCAACUGAUUUCGAUAUAUUCUUGAAAAUCUUGGAUUUUCCGCAGGUUUUUAGCACUUUUUGGGAAUCUUGGUAAGUGCAUUUUGUAGGUGACAAUGUGAGGUUAGUAUUCAAAUCUGUAGUGUGUGUUUAUUUGAGUUGUAAUGAUGGUAGCUGCUGUUUCUGAAGCAGUUUCAAGUAAUUCAUCAAGAAACCCAAAAGCAAGUCCAAUUAGUGAUAAUCCAAGAAGACCCCCAUUGUUACCUUCUGAAAAAGAUAAUGGAAUUAACCCAAAAAAACCCAAAUCAAGACAAGUUACUUCGAGAUAUUUGUCCCCUUCACCUUCAACUUCUAAUGCAUCACCUUCUACUUCUAAUUCAAGAAGAUGUCCAUCUCCUUUAGUUUCGAGAAAUAGUGCCAAUAGUUUGAGUACUCCUGCUACGCUUCCGAAAAGGUCAGUAUCUGUGGACAGGAGAAGACCCUUUAGGCCGGAUCUUGAGUCUAAAGUAGGCAAUGUUGGUGAAGUUUCUGCUGCUACUAAGAUGCUGGUAACUUCUACUAGGAGUUUGUCUGUUUCGUUCCAAGGGGAGGCAUUUUCACUACCAAUUAGUAAGACUAAAGUGGCUCCAGCUUCGCCUAAUUUGAGUAAUGUUAGGAAGGGUACGCCUGAGAGGAGAAGGACUAAUACUCCAUCAAGGGGGAAGCUUGAUGGUGGUGGAGAUCAAGUGGAGAAUUCUAAGCCAACUGACCAGCAUAGGUGGCCUGCCAGAACACGACAACCGAACUCUUUAGCCAGAAGUGUAGAUUGUAGUGGUGACUUAAAUAGUAAGCUAAUUGGAUCCGGGAAUGUUAUAAGAGCGCUUCAGCAGUCCAUGAAUGGUGAGAGUAGGAGGGCAUCUUUUGAUGGUAGAUUAAGUCUCGAUUUGGGGAAUACUGAGGUUAUGAAGUCAAUUGAGCAAACCCCAGAUGGUAAAUCAUUAAAUUUGCCAUCUGUCUCUUCUGAUCUCACUGCAUCAGAUACAGACAGUGUCUCUUCUGGUAGCACCUCAGGAGUGCAAGAAUGCGGUGGCAUACCCCUUCGACAUAAUGGGCCUCGUGGGAUUGUUGUAUCAGCAAGGUUUUGGCAAGAAACUAAUAGCCGGUUGAGGAGGUUGCAGGAUUCUGGUUCACCAUUAGCAACAAGUCCUGGGUCGAAAUCGGGUGUCUCACCAAAAUUUAUUCAGUCAAAAAAGUUCCAGUGUGAUAGUUCAUUGUCAUCACCACGCACAAUGGCAUCUCCUAAUCGAGGAGGUGCUAGACCUGCAUCACCUAGUAAGCUUACGCCAUAUGUGGCCUCAUCGCCUUCAAGGGGGAUGAUCAGUCCAUCUCGUGCCAGGCAUUCAGUUAGUAGUACAAUUAAUAGUCAUUUUAGUGAAACACCCUCGGUUCUCAGUUUUGCUGUUGACGUACGAAGGGGUAAAGUGGGGGAGAAUCGUCUUGUUGAUGCUCAUCUCUUAAGGCUUCUCUACAACCGGCAAUUACAGUGGCGCUUUGUAAAUGCAAGGACCGAAGCUACAUUGUUGGUGCAGAAACGCAAUGCAGAGAAAAAUCUAUGGAAUGCUUGGAUAACAAUCUCAGAUCUUCGUGAUUCUGUGACGAAAAGAAGGCACAGAUUACAGUUAUUGAAGCAAAAAUUGAAAUUAGCCGCUAUCCUCAGGGAACAAAAUGCUUUUCUAGAGGACUGGGCUUCCCUAGAGAGAAACCACUCUAUUUCGUUGCUUGGCGCAAUAGAAGCACUGAAGGCUAGCACUCUUCGGCUUCCAGUUGUCGGAGCAAUAGCUGACAUUCAAAGUAUGAAAGAAGCUGUUAGUUCAGCACUUGAUGUAAUGCAGGCAAUGGGAUCCUCGAUAUGCUCACUUUUGUUGAAGGUGGAGGAACUGUAUUCCUUGGUGGCUGAACUUGCACAAGUGUGUGAGAAAGAACGUUCUGUGCUGGAACAGUGCAAAGACUUUUUGUCUGUCCUAGCGACUAUGCAGGUUAAGUACUGUAGCUUGAGAACACAUUUAUUACAGUAUAAUCAUGUACCAACUACCUGACCACAGUUGUAGAAUUGAUCAACUAAGCUAACAUAACACGGGAAAAAUCAACCUAGUGAAGCGACAAGUGAAGUUAAUAGCAAGGGGAUUCUCAAUUGGCAAUUUUUCGUGACAGCUGAGGGCUUCUAUGUAUCAUAUAUGAGAUGUCUGCUAACCAUGUAUUCCGUACUUUUUUUCUUAAUGAUCUUUUAAGGUUUAAA